AUGUCUAAUUGGGAUACCGUUUCUAUUGUCAGUAUAGCUUUAGUCAACAAAGCACUCGGAGACAAUGCUCAACAAUUGAUAUCAGAUUUUGAAUUUGAAGGAGCAGAUGAUCAAUUUUCCGCAAAAUUCCAGUGCAUUGGCACGUUCGGUGCGUGGAGCCUCGAUGAAGGCUCGGCUGGAGAUUUAUUAAGAUUAAAAUUACCGAUUACUCAAGGAACCAUAUCUGCAAGCAAUGAUACAAUCGACCUGAGUGGAACAACAGCCAUAAUGGAAGUGUCAUUCGAUUUUUUGCCGGGCUCCCCUACCACAUCCAAUUUUGUCUUUUCUCUUAAGAAUAAUUCGAAGCUUGGAGAUCCUCCACAACCAGGUUAUGUUACACCCAUUGAUUUGGUUGGACCUAUACCUAUUCUUGAAAAGCUUGGUAUUGUCGGAAAAGCUGCUGUGUUGAAUGGAAUAGCGGCCAUGAUCUGCUCAAAAGCAUCAGAAAUCAGUUACAUCUUUGCCCGGUUAAACGUAGUUUCUCCCGAUGCGCAAUUUUGGUUAGCACCGAUACGCUCUACAUAUACCUACUAUUCUGUCGAUGGUACUCGCGGAUUUCUAGCAAUUGUUAGCGUGAUCACAGAUCGUCCAGUAGCAGCGAAUAUAGAUGCUAAAAUUUUCCCGGACCCCGGAUCAGAUAUGAGUUUUGCCAUCACGAAUGAUUUGUUUCUUCAACAUUUAAUCAUACCCGUUUUGCCACUUGCAUAUGGUGGUAACUCAUCAAUCAACAAUUUCGGUUUCGAUUCGGGCAAUCAUAAGGUUUUUUGUUCUUCCGCAUUUAAUAUCAAUUCGGUAACUUCUGGUGCAAUUACUUACGACCCUAUUGUAACUGGAGCAAAUGUGAAAUGCAUGCCUGAAGGUAUCUCAAUUUCAACCAACGGAUAUUGCGAUUUAAAAGCGGGCAUCAGCAUGACUUAUUCAGCGAGCUGUAAUCCUACGCUAAAUUUUGAUCCAGUAAGUCAAAGUAUUUCAUUCAAUCGUGAUCCGAAUCCAGUUGUGGGACAUGAUGUUGAUAUUCCAUGGUACUGGUGGCUUGGUGGAUUAAUCGUAGAGGCAGUCGUUAACAUAGUUUGCAAAGUUAUAUCAGAUGACCUUAUUGAUUCUCUCUCUGGCUAUCUUACUGGGCAUAUUGCAGCAAAAAUUCAACCUUGUAUUAUUUGGAAUGGUGUGAAUUCGAAACAAGUCAACAAUGUUUCGCUUGACGAAAGUUUUGUGAUACGUGGUAUAGGAAAUCAAUAA